CUCUCUGUCUCUCUGUCUUCGUCACAUUCUUCCGCUCUCUCUCUCUGAAUUCACAUCUCAUGGAGGACUCUGUCAAAGAUCUAACCCCUGUCCCUGAGAAAUCUGGUGGCAAACCAUCGUCAAAGCUUCUUCGGUAUCCACUGCGCUCCGCCACUAAGUCCAAGGAGGAGAAACCGCCGGCGGCCGAUUCCUCAAAGUCUUCUACUCCAGGGAGGGGAAGACCUGCUUCAAGUGUAAGCAAGAGUGUUAGUGUUCUUGAUCUCUCUGGGAAGGAAAAAUCUGCCAAACCUCCCAGAAGGCUAUCUGUUCCUGCCAAGUCAGCUGCCAGCGCUGUUCCUAAGUCAUCUGGCAAUAUUUCUCCAAUUUCUGAGGCUAGAACAAAGGGGUCUGCCCGUAACCAGGGGAAAAGUGAGACGCCAGUUUCUGAUGUUUCCAGAUCAUCAAACAGAAGGAGGUUCAGCGUUUUGUCUUCAGCAUCAUAUUGGCUGUCUCAGAUUAAGCUCUCUGAAUCUGCUGCAAAGCACUCAAUAUCUCUUGGUUUCUUUAAACUUGCUCUAGAGGCUGGAUGUGAGCCUCUUAAUCGAAUGAGGGAUGAGCUGAAAUCAUAUGCGCGUCGACAGAACCUUGUCGAACUUGGAGAAAUUGUAAAGGAACUAUUUGAAAUCUACAGUAUUACAGAGACCUUUGAGCAGUUGCAGGUUUCUGAAACCUGUUCCCAUGUCCCUGAUGAGGGAACUCGAUCAUCUGAUGAUGAUGUAUACAGCACUUCGUCUAUUCCGGGAACUCAGAAGCUGAAACCAAAGUCCUUGAACACUAGUACACUUGACACUUCCCCAGUCAAAAAAUCAGCUAAGCAGACUCCCCAGACACGUAAUUCUGUAACUAGGAUCAGGGGGUUGGUGAAUAAGAGUUCUGCAAACUCAAAAACUGCUACAGAAGUCCAGGUUCACAAUGCACACAGGAAAUCUCAUAUGUCAAGCAAGCAAGAAUCCAGUAAAUUGAAGGAUAAGGUCAAGAAGCAAGGAAAGAAAUCUGCUCACGAAGAAGGUCCAAUUAACACUCUGCCUGUUGAAGAAGCACUCCAAGAUAACAAAGAGAACAUGGAUGCUCGUCAGACGGAAGAGAUCAAUUCAACAGAAGUUUAGGCAGACAUCCAGCACCAAGCAUGUUUAACAAUAUUUGUUUGUAUGCUCUUGUUUGUUUGGUCUUCAGUGUUUUACUGGGAGGCUUUUCCAUUGUAUAGAAAGGUUUUAACUUUAAAGUGGGAAUUGUUCCAGUCUGGUGUGAAGUGUGAAUUUAUCCUUUUUUUGUUUUGUUUUUAAUUCUGUUGAUUUCUGUUGUUGGUGGCUAGAACUGGGACCUAAUGGAACUAGUAUUAUACAGCUUUUUGUGAUUCUAAAUUGCUAUUAAG